AUGUUGCCUUCCCAAGAAGCCUCCAAGAUCUACCAUGACAAUUACAUGCGCAACUCCCGGGCCAUCGGGGUGCUGUGGGCCAUCUUCACCAUCUGCUUCGCCAUCGUCAACGUGGUGGUGUUCAUCCAGCCCUACUGGAUCGGCGACAGCGUCAACACGCCGCAGGCCGGCUACUUCGGCCUCUUCCACUACUGCGUGGGCACCGGGCCGUCGCCCAGCCGGGAGCUCACCUGCGUGGGCAGCUUCUCCGACUUCAGCUCCAUCCCGUCCGGAGCCUUCAAGGCGGCCUCGGUGUUCGUGCUGCUGUCCAUGGUGCUGAUCCUCAGCUGCAUCGCCUGCAUGGCGCUCUUCUUCUUCUGCAACACCUCCACCGUUUACAAGACCUGCGCCUGGAUGCAGCUGCUGUGCGGAGUGUGCCUGGUGCUGGGUUGCAUGAUCUUCCCCGACGGAUGGGACGCCGAGGUGAUCCGGGACAUGUGCGGGGAGCAGACGGGGAAAUACUCCCUGGGCGAUUGCUCUGUACGCUGGGCCUAUAUGCUGGCCAUCAUGGGCAUCCUGGACGCCCUCAUUCUCUCCUUCCUGGCCUUCGUCCUGGGUAACCGGCAGACGGACUUCUAUCUCGAUGAUUUGCAGACAGACAACAAAGAUUUCGCUGUGUCGAGGAUCGAGGUGCGGGACAGAAGAGAGCCAAGGUACGGAGUGCAGCGUCUUCACUGAGGGCAACAAUGGCACUGGAAACCUUCUCUUCUCUUCUCUUCUCUUCUCUUCUCUUCUCUUCUCUCACCCAUCUGUUUCUCUGAAUUCUCUUCUCUCCUUGUUCCUUCUCUUCUCUCCUCUCCAAUGAUCAGGAUAUCACCCACUUUCAAUGCAGACACCAAGUGUACAGGAUUCUGUAAGAUAAAAACAACAACAACAACAACAACAACAACGAAAAACACUGGGAUAAACUAUAUUUUGAAAAAAAAUAAUUAUACAAGGUUGUACAGUGCAUUUAACACUCUCAACGACUUUCUCAACGAAUACCUUUAUGAUGAAAAAAAAAGAAAAAGAUUUUACUGUAUUUAAAGUCUUGAUUUGUGUGAGAAAUUCAACCCCCUGAGAUGAAGAACCAUAGUGUCCAUCUAAGAUUUUAUGACAAUUUAUUUAAAGAUCUUGCUAUUUAAUGGCUUUGAGUUUGUGUGUUGUAUGCGUUCAUAGCUUCGGGAGGCAGAUUAUUGAUUGAGUCGAGACUCGCAAUACAGCAGCAAGUACAUUGUUUAACACCCACAACACUGCAACAGGGACGUGUAUGGCUCUUCAUCUGAGGACUUUCAAAUGUGAGGAAUUUAAAAAGGAGUACCCCAUUGCAGCUUUACAGAACCUAACAUCUCUGGGAGAUUCUCUACUGUACAUACUUAACAAUGUAAAUAACAUUACCGCUGAAAAAACAGCCGACAACAAAACCUCAUCCGACUCUAAUGCAUUCGAGUAUUUCUACCCUCGGUUUCAGUGUUCCUCUUGCCGGAAGAGCAUCAGAGUACGUGCAAAUCCAUUGUGUUUAUAUGACUCCUCGCUACUCAUCUGGUGGGAUUAGAGAAGGGCGUAAAAUGGGAAUCUUUAAGCUGGAUAUUCCACAGAGAAAAAAAAUGGAGAGGACCGCGAAACAAGGUGAUUGCGUACGAUCACCACUUUUUGACACGGAACACAGGCGCUUCCCCUGCAUCAACGUGGCCUCAAAACAAGCCCCUUAUUGUAGUUUCUCACCCUACAGUACACAGUGGAAAUUCAAAUUGCUGAACUGAAUUGCAGCUGUCCAAGUCAGACUUAGAAGUCAUGUGUGUUUUUUUUUGUUUUUUUCUUUUCUCUCUGUCGGAGUUCAGUCCUUUGUAAAAAAAAAGAAAAAAAAAAAUCCAGUGUGCAGUUUACUCCAGUUUAUGGCUCCAGCAUACGGUGAUCAGUUUACUCUACAGAUGUCUUAAGACUGUGUGAAUAUGGCUGUAUGAGUCGGCCUUCUCUCAGAGGGAAGCCCCAAGUGCUGCAUUGUCUUAAGGUGAUGUCACUUAUAUGCCUCUUUGAAUACGCAACGCUGCUUGUAGUAGUAGUAGUAGGAAUCAUAAGAGGGAUAAAAUCGCAGCGGAUCAUUCCCCAAAGAACAUAAGUCCUUAAAAAGUACAACAUCACGUCAAAAUGUUGCCUCUGUAACGUGAAUAUUAGUCAGCAGAAGAUGGUGUCAUACCAUUAAAUCCUUACUAGCACGUUAGACAUCACAUUUUUAUGUUGUUAUUGGCAGGAUUUUAGAAAUACUAAAGUCUAGAGCCCAAGUCUUCACGAGGCACUUUGCCCCCCCCCCUUGGUAAAGUAGCAUAAAAGUAGCUAACCUGAAAUAAAAUGGGCCUCAUGCAAGAACGGUAUGUGUGUCGCGUCAGCGUCCUGUAUCGGAUUCAGCAAGCUUGUCACAAAUCGCUCGUUUCAACCUGAGUAGUACCUCCUGUUUAACAGAAGAGGUGUGGGGCUGUGAGAUUUGGUCAUCAGCAGGAUGUGCACCUAAAAGUGGGCUAACUGUUAGACUAGAUCAAGCAAAGCAGCCCAUGACUUACAUGGAUUGAUGGGAGAAUGUUAUACAGUCAAUGUUGUAAUGUGUUACAGUGCCGUAUGCAACAGCAACCCACUCCCUAGAAGAAAUGUUUGGCAGUUUGCGUUUCUGCAAACCACCGAUUUGUUGCAACUCCAGAUGACCUUGUGUUGCAAUUUUAGGUUUCUUUUAUGACAUCCCUGUGCUUAUGGUCCAGUUAGGUUUAGGAACAAAACACUUGUUUGGGGGUUAAGAAAAUAUUUCGUUUUGGCUUAAAAUAGUAAAUGCGUCAUUUUGCCAUCACAAUCGCAGCUGCAAAUCAUCCCCGGGUCGCCUUAAAAAUAUCCAGUGGUUUCAAACAUGUUGAAAAGUGUAUCCGUUGUUUACAGAAAUGUAAACUACCAACAUUUCUAUGUGGCGGCUGGACUGGCAACAGAAGGUGUUCCAUGUUGCAUAAGCUGCCCUGCAAUAACAUGCCAGCAAGAAGGAGAAUCAAAGUUUUCCAACCACUCAGUAAAUUGUCAAACCAAGAUUAAUUGAUUUUGGCAACAUAUUUGAACUUCAGAUUCAUUUGAACAAAGGCUUUAUGGUUUGAUUAGCCCUGUUCCUCUGGGAAGCAAUGCAGUAUUCAGUUCAUGACUAGUAUGACAGGUCUGGACCACACAUGAACUGAAGUUUGUACAUUAGACACACUCCUAAAUAGAAUUAAUUCUGUAAGGUAUUCUUGCCUGAGGCCCAAUUGAGUCGAAUACACCUGGAACCAACCAAUGAAAAAAAAAAGUGUUACAGUGAUUUGCUAGAUUGUUUGCCCAUUCAAGAAAAACACACAAAUUCCCAAAAGUAAUACGGAUGACCUCUGUGUCAGCGGUGGUAGCUACUAUCCUGAUCGCGGGCCUCAUAUGUUGAAAAAAAAGUAUUAUUUAUGUAGCAUUGUUAACGUGACAUGCCACCGUACCACCCAGAUGAUUGUUGCUCCGACAACAAUGGACCUUGAUGUAGCAUUCGAGACAAUGCCAUUGGUGUCAGCGGUUUAUAUCAAAAACACAUGUGACAUUAAUUAUUGCUGACAUGUUUAACGGCCACACCAGCAACAUUAAAGUUGAAAUUCCGGCAGGACAUUUCAAACAAGAUAACCCAGAGGUGACUGGCUUGACACACCCAAUAGGUUCCGUUGACUCAUGUUUUAACCAGUGAACAAAAAAUUGGCUCCUGCUCCAUAAAUAUGACUUUACCUGCAAGGCCGGGCAUCAGUAUGAUGUCUGUGACUCCCUGUCAUACCCAUUCGCACAGUUAUGGCCUCUGCAGGCUAUAGCCACAUGAUAACACUGAUAUCAGUUAUAUUGCUCUAGGUAUGAUUCUAACAUGUGACAAGCUAUGGUUGCACCAUGGGGCUCUUAUCCCUCUCAGAGCAGCACUUCCAGGCUGUUAGAGGACCUCCUUAGGCACCAAACCAGGGUUGAGUCAUCACGGGAAUAAAAUUAAUUGUGUAUUAAAAAAACAAACAAAAAAAAAAGCACACGGUUAAUUGUUUCAUAUGAGGAAUUGGCAUGCUCUGCCCAUGUGGAGGGGGAGGCACGAUCACACUGUAAACCCUGAGAGGCAAUUGAAUCCGUUUCGCGGAGCAACUAAACCCCACGAGGUGAUGCGCGUUCUGUGAGACAGCUGCAGACAUCAGUCACAAGUGAUUACACUGCAUUAUAUUUAACUGUAAUCCAUGUUAUACUUUGUCAGUGAUGCACUAUUAACACAUGCAGCAAGAAGUAUUCGUUUUAAAAAAAACGAUGGCACCAUGAAUUUUGUGAACCAAUCAUCAGUUACAACAUCGGAAAUGUAACGCAUCAAGUAUUUGUGCUCUUGGUUAAAGGUGCAAUAUGUAAGAAUUUUAGUUUAAAAAUUUUUCAAAAAUGAAAUGAAACAGUUUUAACAUUAUGUCAAAGAGGUCUGUGUGUGGUUUUAUCUACUGAGGAUAGCAUGCUAAUCUGCUAGCCCCAUGCCUGAAAACCUUUUUGUGCUAGCUGUGUAAACAAUAAAACUACCCCAGUAGACUGGCAAGCUGCACAGCUAACUGAGCUAAGAAGCUAACAGUAGCUGCAGUCAUGGAUUUAUAAACAGAAAAAAAAAGUUAGCAGCAGAUAGCAGUUACUCUUGUGAUGCGCUCCCCUUUUUGUUGGGAGUAUGACAAUGGGUGGCCAAUUUUUACAUAUUGCACCUUAAAUAUAAGACACCUUUAUUCACGUAGAUGUCGGCACAUGUACCUUGUAUUGGUUAUUGGUGCAUCCCUACAAUAUAAACAUAUAAUGAGCAGAUAGCUAGAUGUGCAGUGUAUUUUUCAGUGUGAUAGCUAGCUAACUCUCAGGAAGCUGUGUGCGCAGUACUGUAUUAAAGGCUCAUUAUGGAAAUGACUGGAAAAACAACAAGUCGGAGAAGAUUUUCAGUCGAUGCUCUUGUGAUGUGGUGAUCGCCCAGUAAAGUUUAAGUGUGAGACAUUUGGGUGGAGCAUCAGCGCUCUGGUGUUCCAAGCUGGGCCUUUAAGACACUAUGAAAACAACCCUUAUGCUGAAUCUAACGAUGCUGUCCAUGCAGGCUCUGCGUGGCCUACAUCUGUCAAUCAUCUUAGGGUAGGAGCGCUGGGCCCCCAUUCAAGAAAAGUUUCUUUCACGUUGACCUUGAAGUAGCUGUGCAAGAAUUUGAAAAAUACAAUAGAAAACAACUGAAACGCUAUUGACAGACCUCAUCCAUUUGGCAAUGCAAGAAGUAUGUUUUUGCUUUUGAUAUGUACAUGAUGAAUUGAGAAAACCAGUGCACUUGCUGAAACAUCAGCAUGAUGAUUUUUUUUUUUUUUUUUGGUAUCUAAUGGUAUAAAUGGCGGUAAUGUCUCUCAUAUAAUAUAUAUUGUGAUUUAGACAUCUCCUAUAGCGUGCAUCUCUCAUGUGGGAAUACUUUCAUGGGCCCAGGACUUAUUUUACAACAAAUCUACAAAAAGAAAACAACAAAGAACGAAGCCCUGAGACCGAAGUGGUCACGUCCGGCUUCCGGGCAUCGUCACCUUGUGUGAUCAUUGGUCUGGUCUCCUCUCCGGGUACUCUGUUCCUGUGGACUUGACGAUGAACUGAAAAAUACCUUAACAAGGAACUGACAAUACCUUAACCCUGAUGAGCACAUAUUUGUACCACUCCAGGUGCCUCUAAGAACUCUUGAUUUAAUUCAGAUGUGGUGCAGAACCAGCAAAACAAGUAGUGACACUGUAGUUUUUCUACUAAAGGCUACAUACUCUGACUGAGCUCUGAAGCUAGGUGGGUUUUACUGCAGAUUUGAGGUCAAUUCAGUUUCAAGUCGAACAAUUGAAACUAAGAGAAUUCACAAUAUUUAUCCCCCAAUUAUUUAACUUAAUUUGGGGAAGCAUUUUAAUAAAACUAAAUAAAAACUGAAUAAAAAAAAAAUGAAAAAAAACAGCACUUGCGUUUCCUUUAUUUUCAGUUUGUGAUUGGACUCCAGAGCUGAAUUUACCUCGAUCUUGGAUUGCAGAAUCAUUUAAAGAGAAAAAAAAAAUGAAAAGCUAUUAAAAAGGACACAGAGACGAUGAGAAGUCAUUUCCAGUCCCUAGCAGCGGACAAAAUGUCUGCUGACUAUGUAAAUGUCAUUGAUGUGUCAAUGAUUUCAUCAUAGUUUUUAUCAUGCAAUAUCAUGUAUAAAGAUAUAAUGUCGGGGGCGGGAUGGGUCGGGGGCCAAGAUGAAUAAUGUCCAGUGACUUAUGUUAUGUUAAUAGUUGACUUUCUGUUAACUCCUGAAAUGCAGAUGUUGCCAAAAUACCAUCAACUAUCAUGUGUUAACAUGAAAAAAAAAAAAAAAAAAAA